CGGCCAUUUGUUUUCUCCUAGGAAUCGAAUAGGCCGUGGGUUCGGGCUUUACGCAACGGUAAGCUAACUUAGCUGGGGGAAACGAAAGACUGCACCUUACAUAGUUGCACCUAAUGCAGAAACAAGGAGAGGGCUCGGUCAAUGAGCCAAUUAAUAGAGAACCGAAGCCACAGACUUUAAUCGCUAAUUUCUUAACACCAAUUGGGGAUGCAUGCUAUGACCGUAAUCAUGGUCCCAUACUGCAUCUUUCGAUCGAAAAUCACCGAGUCGUCGUGGACGGCCUCGUCGCACAGGCGCUCAACUUGUCCAUGACCGAGCUGAAAGAAAAUUUCUCUCAGCACACCGUCACCUGUGCUCUGCAAUGUGCGGGCAAUAGACGUCACUCGAUGCGAACAAGAAUAAAAGAAGUGCAAGGCAUCGAUUGGUUCGAUGCUGCCAUCCUGAACGCACAAUGGACUGGUCCGCUACUACGAGAUAUUUUGAUACGGGCAGGAGUGCAAGAUGGUCAGAAUACGGAUCUGCAUGUGCAUUUAGCGAGUACUCGGACGAAGGUACAAGACGAUGAGUGGUAUGGCUCAAGUAUUCCUUUGGCUAUGGCGCUGGACGAGGGAAGGGAGGCAGUUUUAGCUUUGAAGAUGAACGGAGAACCUCUACCAGGUAACCAUGGUUUCCCCGUACGCGCCAUCAUACCAGGCAUCAUCGGGGCGAGGAGUGUGAAGUGGAUAGAUAGGAUCACUGUGGCUGAGACAGAGACUUCCAACUUUUACCAACAGCGUGAUUACAAGGUCCUGCCUCCCGAUGCAACGGAUACGGAAUCAGCAGCCAAGUUUUGGGAGACAGUGCCGCCAAUGAUGGAGAAUGUCAUCAAUUCGGUGGUCAUCGUUCCAAAUGACGAUGACACAAUCGAGCGUUCCGAUGAGGGAACGAUUACGAUCAAAGGAUAUGCAGUUCCGCAAGGGGAACACGGCCCUGUGGUCAAAGUAGAGGUAAGUUGCGACGACGGUGCUAGCUGGACGGAAGCUAGGCUUGGGUUUAAACAGAAGUGGAGUUGGGUGCUUUGGGAGGCAGUUGUUCGAGUCGACCCGGGAGAUGGGGUGCGUAUCUUUAGCAGGGCGACAGAUGAGGGCGGGAAUUCGCAGACAGAGCACAGAAGCCGGUGGAACUUACGAGGCGUAGGUUACAACGGUUAUGAAAGUCGCACAGGGGUGAAGAUUCUGUGAACAAGGGGAGACUGCGCCACUUGAGUAGGAAUUUACAUAGAUCACAAAUAGUGAGAAUCUCUCAUUCUAUGCAGCGUUAGUAUUUGGAGAUAACGUAUGGUACAGGCACG